AUGUUAAAUAAAGCACUUCGAACACAAAAUAUCGAUUUAUUAUUUUUUUUUCGAUUUUUUAUUCAUGAUAUUCAACACGCAAUUAUAAAAAAUCAAUGUACAUCACCAAUUCGAGUUUAUCGAAGUCAAUUAAUAACUAAAGAAGAAAUAAAUUUGUUGAAAAAUUCUAUUGGUCGUUUAAUUUCAAUAAAUUCAUUUCUUUCAACAACUAUUUCUCGUGAAUUAGCUAUAUCCUAUCUUAAUCAAUCAUCAUCAUCAUCUACAAAUGAUCUUGAACAAGUUCUAUUCGAAAUUGAUGCUAAGCCAUUUAAUAAUUCAACAAAAUCAUUUUGUUUUAUCAAAUCUAAUAGUUCUUCUCAACAAAUGGAAGAAGUUUUAUUUACAUUAGGAUCUAUUUUUCGUUUAAUUAAUAUUCAUCAUCAAUCCGAUGGAUUAUGGAUUAUACGAUUAUCAUUAUGUCAAGAUAAUGAUCAACAAUUAAAUAAAAUUUUUCAAUCAUUUAAAACAAAUGACAAUAAAGAAAGAAUAAAUAUACUUUCUUUUGGAAAUUUUUUAAGAAAAAUAGGUAAAUUAAAUGAAGCUGAAAAAUAUUUUACACGUUUACUUAAUGAAUUAUCGGAUAAUUAUCAAAUAAUUGCUGAUUGUUAUUAUGUAUUAGGAUGUAUUGCAAUGGAAAAAAAUAUAUAUGAUAGAAGUCUUAAAUUACAUCAAAAAUCUUUAGAAAUUAAAUUAAAAAUAUUAAAAGAAAAUGAUUUAAGUAUUGCUGAUAGUUAUAAUAUUAUUGGUCGAAUUUAUUUUAAAAAAUCUGAUUAUAAACAAGCAUUUUCAUCAUAUUAUCAAGCAUUAAUAAUUACUAUACAAACUAAUGGUGAAAAUAAUUUAAAUGUAGCUCUUUGUUAUACAAAUUUAGGUGGAAUUUAUCAAAAACAAGAAAAUUAUAUUGAUGCACUUGAAUGUCAUCAAAAAGCAUUAGCUAUUCGUCAAGAAAAUUUAUCUGUUGAUCAACCUGAUUUAGGUAUAUCACAUAAUAAUAUUGCUAUUAUUUAUAUAUGUCGAAGUCAAUAUGAUUUAGCAUUAGAACAUUAUAAUAUAUCACUUAAAAUUUUACAAAAUACACUUCAUCCAUUACAUCCAGAAAUUGCUGUAAGUUAUUGUGGACUUGGUCUUAUAUAUGAACAAAAAGAUCAAUUAGAAAAAGCUUUAUCUUAUUAUAAUAAAACAGCUAUUAUCUAUCAUCAAGUUUUAUCUUCUAUACAUCCAGAUGUUAUUCGAAUUGAACAACAUAUUCAAAGAAUAUCAUCGAAACUUAAUAAUAAUGGAAAACAAUUAUAUAAAUAA